AUGUUGUCGUCUGGGGACGACGUGGUCGUGUCCACGGCGGCGAGCAAGACGCUCGCUCUGAAGCAGGACUCGACGAGCAUCCUGAGCUGGGACACCACUGGCGCUGUGACUUUGAACUCCGUGAGCGGGGAGGACUUGACGCUGAGCACGGGUGGUAGCACGCGCUUGACCGUGGACUCGACGGGUCAGGUGGGCAUCGGGACGACGAGCCCUGGGAAGACGCUGGACGUGAACGGGACGCUGGGUGUGACUGGCGCUACGACGCUCACCGGCGACGUGACGAUGAGCAGCGACUUGACCGUGAAUGGUGCUUUCACCGUGACAUCUGACGCCGCGGUGAGUUUGACCUCUGCGAUCAAUUCCGAUGUGAGCUUGACGAGCGCCGGUACGGGUGAUAUCCUGUUGACAUCGACGGACGACAUCACGCUCGACGCUGCCGAUGAUGUGACGAUCGAUGCCGCCGGUGUUUUGUCUUUGGCGCAGGGCGGGACGAGCAUUUUGAGCUGGACGGACGCUGGCGCUGUGACUUUGAGCGCGAAGAGCAGCCAGGAUCUGACGCUGAGCGGCGAUGACGUGGUCGUGUCCACGGCGUCGAGCAAGACGCUCGCUCUGAAGCAGGACUCAACGAGCAUCCUGAGCUGGGACACCACUGGCGCUGUGACUUUGAACUCCGUGAGCGGGGAGGACUUGACGCUGAGCACGGGUGGUAGCGCGCGCGUGACCGUGGACUCGACGGGUCAGGUGGGCAUCGGGACGACGAGCCCUGGGAACACGCUGGACGUGAACGGGACGCUGGGUGUGACUGGCGCUACGACGCUCACCGGCGACGUGACGAUGAGCAGCGACUUGACCGUGAAUGGUGCUUUCACCGUGACAUCUGACGCCGCCGUGAGUUUGACCUCUGCGAGCAAUUCCGAUGUGAGCUUGACGAGCGCCGGUACGGGUGAUAUCCUGUUGACAUCGACGGACGACAUCACGCUCGACGCUGCCGAUGAUGUGACGAUCGAUGCCGCCGGUGUUUUGUCUUUGGCGCAGGGCGGGACGAGCAUUUUGAGCUGGACGGACGCUGGCGCUGUGACUUUGAGCGCGAAGAGCAGCCAGGAUCUGACGCUGAGCGGCGAUGACGUGGUCGUGUCCACGGCGGCGAGCAAGACGCUCGCGCUGAAGCAGGACUCAACGAGCAUCCUGAGCUGGGACACCACUGGCGCUGUGACUUUGAACUCCGUGAGCGGGCAGGACCUGACGCUGAGCACGGGUGGUAGCACGCGCUUGACCGUGGACUCGACGGGUCAGGUGGGCAUCGGGACGACGAGCCCUGGGAACACGCUGGACGUGAACGGGACGCUGGGUGUGACUGGCGCUACGACGCUCACCGGCGACGUGACGAUGAGCAGCGACUUGACCGUGAAUGGUGCUUUCACCGUGACAUCUGACGCCGCCGUGAGUUUGACCUCUGCGAGCAAUUCCGAUGUGAGCUUGACGAGCGCCGGUACGGGUGAUAUCCUGUUGACAUCGACGGACGACAUCACGCUCGACGCUGCCGAUGAUGUGACGAUCGAUGCCGCCGGUGUUUUGUCUUUGGCGCAGGGCGGGACGAGCAUUUUGAGCUGGACGGACGCUGGCGCUGUGACUUUGAGCGCGAAGAGCAGCCAGGAUCUGACGCUGAGCGGCGAUGACGUGGUCGUGUCCACGGCGGCGAGCAAGACGCUCGCUCUGAAGCAGGACUCGACGAGCAUCCUGAGCUGGGACACCACUGGCGCUGUGACUUUGAACUCCGUGAGCGGGGAGGACUUGACGCUGAGCACGGGUGGUAGCACGCGCGUGACCGUGGACUCGACGGGUCAGGUGGGCAUCGGGACGACGAUCCCUGGGAACACGCUGGACGUGAACGGGACGCUGGGUGUGACUGGCGCUACGACGCUCACCGGCGACGUGACGAUGAGCAGCGACUUGACCGUGAAUGGUGCUUUCACCGUGACAUCUGACGCCGCCGUGAGUUUGACCUCUGCGAUCAAUUCCGAUGUGAGCUUGACGAGCGCCGGUACGGGUGAUAUCCUGUUGACAUCGACGGACGACAUCACGCUCGACGCUGCCGAUGAUGUGA